UAUAGUUUCCUGUAAUUCAAUAAGUUUUGAAGUUCUAUUAGAGACCUUGAACCGAGCUCCUGAGAAGAAUCCAACUUGCAUCCGUGGUGUCCUUAUAAUCUUACUUAUUAUACAAAAGUUUAUGCUUAAAAAGGCUGCGAACUUAAAAGAAACAAGCCUGUACUUAUGCGGAUUUAUAACAUUACGUUUAUUGGAGCUCUCUUGCUUUUCUUUUUCUUGGACGAGCAAAUUUAAUAAGGAUGCUUGUUUAUUUUUCAACGUGUUGCAAUCCACCCGGCAUCUUUUGGCUAAGGCACAAUUUCGAGGAGGAUUCUAUAGCCGUCUUCAGCCAGAAAGCUUAGCUGAAUUGGCUCCUCUUCUUAACUGUUUCCCACUGGUAAUCAAUGAGAGCCUGAAACUAUUUAUCGGCGCCUCAUUUCUUCCUGAACUGUUUAUCAAUUGCCUUUUACAAGGAUGUUGGUCACUAUUCUGGAUUGAGGCUUUCCUUCCACUGAUCAUUCAAGACACUUCUGAAACCGUAAUUUCCUGGAUUCAGAAAGCCCUUCGCCGCAAUUCAAAAUUAAUAGAGAUGAGAUGCUCACUAUUUAUAAAAGCUCUUGUUUUUUCCUGCCCUGCACUUUACCUUGGGCAGCUACUUUCCCGGCUGUUUAAAAUGAUGAACUCGUUUGCCCACUUGCAAGGAUUCGCAUUGGACUUAAUUAAUUGGCCGCUUGAGGGAACCGGAUUAAACCUUUUGGGCAAGUAUAAGGGCACCUCUAAUAUUCUGACUGCGUCGCUGGAGAUAAUUCGCAUUUUUUCCAAACAACCAGUUUCUGCUACAUUAACCAUCGCAGGAAAAAUUGAUUUCUUACUGAAAGUGUUGCUAUCGACGCCCUUCGUGGCCUUAAUGAAGGCGUGCAAGAAGGAAAUAAUGCAAUAUACCAGUGGUACAUUCUCUAUAGAAGAAGAACCUUGGAAAAGUAUGUAUGCGCAACACCAGACGAAUAUCACAAGCCUGCAGAGGCUGCGUGAUGUCAAUGAGCCUUUUACUGAAAUUUACACCAGGUUUUUCCCUUUCAUAUUAUCUACAACUUUUUUUGCUGGUCCGGACAGCUUAUCUCGGCAUUUCUUCCACGUAGCUGCCCAGCUAACCCUCCAAGCGGGCAAUGCUGCCCCUUUGGACACACUUGUUAUGCCGUGUGUUCUUAACAUGUCCUUCAAAGAAACUAUGGAGCUUAUUGGAGACCCUAAAUUUAACACUCGCUACUUGGCAGCAUGUAUUGAAGCUGUGAUGCACAUGCCAAGCAUAACACAUGAACACUUUCUCGAUCUUCAAAAAUUGUUUAUAGGAUUUAUAGACCAAUUAGUUGACACUCAAGUUCCACACCUCGUUAACUCAUUAGGGAAGUUUCUGUAUAGUAAAACUUUUUACGAAGUUUACUAUCGCUCGGAAAAAUUUCAGUCUCACUUCAAUAGUGAGGAUUGGUACUUCGCAGUACGUAAACUAGCAAACAAAUCGUUGCCCUCACUGAAAACCUCUAAACCUAUUAUAUAUGAGUGGGAGACACUCAAAAUAACUUUUUAUAUUCUCAUAAGGUCUUUGUUUAUUUGCUUUAGUGUUUAGUUUUAUGUAGGUAUCAAGUCAUUUUAGUUGCUUUGAUGAAAAUAUGGAUAACGAUAAACUUUUUUUUGAAGCUGUGGCUGCUGUAAACCGA